AUGACGUCCCCUGGGAAGCGGCGAGAGAUGGACGUGAUGAAACUUAUGAUGAGCGACUACAAGGUGGACCUGGUGAAUGACAGCCUCUGCGAGCUCAACGUGGAGUUCCACGGACCAAAGAACAGUCCCUACGAGGGCGGCCAGUGGCGCGUACACGUCGAGCUGCCUGAGGGGUACCCCUUCAAGAGCCCGUCCAUCGGCUUCGUGAACCGCAUUUUCCACCCGAACGUCGACGAGAGCGCCGGCUCCGUCUGCCUCGACGUCAUCAACCAGACCUGGUCGCCCAUGUUCGACCUCGUCAACGUCUUCGAGGUCUUCCUCCCACAGCUGCUUCUGUACCCCAACCCUACGGACCCGCUCAACGGCGAGGCCGCCGCGCUCUUGAUCCGCCAGCCCGCGGCGUACGAGGCCAAGGUCAAGGAGUACGUGCGGAAGUUCGCCCUCGCGGACAACUCGAGGGCCGGCAAGGGCGCGGGGGGCAAGCGUGGCGCCGGCGACAAGGAGGGCGGCGCGAAGAAGCGCACGGGGUCGGGCCCGCGGGACGUGCCGGGCGCCGGGGGCAACGAGCGGGGUGGGGGCAACGUCGGCGGCGAGCCUGGCGCGAACGUGGGCGCGGGCGAGGCGGGGGGCAGCGAGCGGGCGGACAGCGGGCUGUCGCCGCAGCCGAGCAGCGUGAGCGGCGGCAGCGCGUCGGACGCGUUCGCGAGCUCGGACGACGAGGACAGCGACGGGGACAGCGCGAUGCACUGA